UGGAUCCACAAAGUGCACUUUUCAGGGAGUAGGGUUUUCUCAAAUCCAAAAAAAAAAAAAGUUAUUGGUGGCAAGAUUUUUAACGCCAAAACAUUGGGGACGUUAUCUGGGGUGAAAAUGUGUUAGGAAGCAGCUUUGGGGAAAAAAUAGCAAAGGUUUGAAGACUGAAGGCUGAUUUGUGAAUGUCUGCAUAUACUGGGACUGAUUUGUAGUUUUCCCAUUAUAUUAGAGAGAGAAAGUGGCUGAUACAGAAAAAAAAGGUUGGUCUUUGAUCCUGAAGAUUUUCAUUGGACAACCUUGCCUACUAUCGUCGUGGGUGUCCACUAGCAGCUUUUUUUUGUCUUCUCCUUUUCCCUUGUUAAUUUUAUCAUCUCUCCUUCUCUAUGUAUCGAUGCUAUUUAUUAUUUUCGUGUACAUAAAUAUAGUAAAUAUUUCAUGAAAGGGUUUCUUUUCUCUUCUCUUCUCUUCGCUUGUUUUUCUCUCUCCCCCUUUAACAGUAAUGAUUUUCUCGUUACGGGCAUCGUUGUUGAGGAAUCUGAGGAGUUGUGGUUGUGAAAAAGUGGCAGAUAAAGCAUUAGAAAAACAACUAGUAGAAGAACAAGAACAAGAAGAAGAAAAACGGACAGAAACAUAGAUAGGCACACGAGUGUUUUGUGCGCGUAGAAAAGAAAGAGUGCUUGUUUUGUUGAUUGAUGCGAUCAUCAUCAAAACAAACGGCUCUUUCUGGCUUUUUUUUUUAUACCUUCUCUUACUAUUUCCCUCUUUAUUUGGUCUUUCUCGGGGGUGGUUGAUUUUUGCUCUGGCUGAAGGGUAGUUCGUUUAUUAAAUUUCUCUCCUCCCCCCCUUGUUUAAUUCGGUGCUUUUUUCUGUAUUGGUUCCACUGUGAACAAUAUUGUGUAUCAUCAUGGCUCAAAAUAGGCCCUUUCAGAUGGCCGUGGGUGGUGGCAAUUCGAGGCAGUACAAUGACACAACUUAUACCAAAAUCUUUGUUGGUGGUUUGGCUUGGGAGACACAAAGAGAUACCAUGAGGCGUUAUUUUGAACAGUUUGGAGAGAUCCUGGAGGCUGUUGUUAUCACAGAUAAGAACACGGGGAGAUCCAAGGGCUAUGGCUUUGUUACAUUCAAGGAUCCGGAAGCAGCCGUGAGAGCUUGUCAAAACCCAUCGCCAGUGAUUGAUGGAAGGAGGGCAAACUGCAAUCUUGCGUCACUUGGUGGACAAAAGAAUCGUCCACCAACUCCUCAACAUGCAUUGUGCCGCGAAACAACGCGAAGAAAGGGGGCAAAUGCCCUUUUGUCUUCCAUUCCAAAAACAUGCACAGGACGGUUUAGACCAGUACAUGGAUUAGUGGCUCCACCUACUUUUCCUGGUUCCUCGGCUCCAUACAUCUACCAACCCUCUGGUCAAUACUCAUUUCCUUAUUCAGCUUAUGGGUACGCUGGAUAUUCACAGGAUGCCAUGUAUCCCCUGAGCUAUUACGGUGUUUACGGAGGGCAACAAUUCUCACCUUACUAUACUACUGGAGGGGCAUCAGGAACACCAGGGAUGUUCCCACACAAUCUCUACCCAUUCUAUACUCAGUAUGCACAGAGUAGCCAAGCACAUGGUUUUGGAAUUCAAUAUCCCCAAAUGGUACAGUACCCUUAUUCACCUCAACAACAUGGAUCUACAGGAACCUUAUCACUUCCUUCUUCUAUUGCAAUGGCGACUACUACUGCAGGUGCAGCCACAAUGACUAUGACUGCGACUACAACAGCAAUAGCAGUGGCAGCACCAACAGCAACUACAGUGGUGGUGGGAACAGGACCAGGUGCUUUGGAAGCCUCUGGAGCAGCUACUGAACAAAAUUCAUCAACCGAAUAAGUUUGGAACAUAAUUCGUUAUCCUCUCACAAGACGGACAACAUCCACAAAUCGCGGACCUAGAAAAAAUGAUGGGAAAAAAAAAGAAUAAGGAAAAUAUUCUUUCAAGUCACUGAUUGAAAAGGAGGAUUAUGCCUGAUCAUCAGCUAGCAUAACAAUAGAAGGAUCCAAGAAUUCAGCAUAAGAUUGUUCAUUUCAUGGAAGAGGGCAUCUGAGAUAAAAAGCUCACUCCACUGACUCUUCAAUUAUUCAAGCCCCCCCAACACUAUCAACUUCAUCGUUAUACAUGUUCGGUCUAGGACACUGGGGAGGCUCCAGUAGUUGUUAACAUUAAUUAGGAGGAGAAAUCAUAUUCAUUAAUUUUAUGUAUUAGCAUAAGGUGGAUCCAAUAUUGGCUUUGGAUUCUACCUCAGAUACUAAUCAGCAGAUUAUCAUGUCUUGGAAGCAGAGAGCAUCCGACAGCAUACUCUUGUUUAUAUUCGGCAGUAAUCAGGGUUUGAAGAUUGGUUUUGUAUCUUUGAACCCAUCUUGGUCAACAAGAAAGUUGGGCUAAGAACAACUCGGUCAUUAACUUGUACUUUUUUUGCUUGUUAAUUACUCAUGAUUGAUUACUCUUUUAUAAUAGGAUCAGAACAUUAGUUGGGGAAAAGAGGAUUGUGCCUCUCCCUCUCUUUUUUUCCCCCUUGUUUACUGACAAUCAUCUCUUUUACAUUUAAUCUUUCGUUUUCAAUCGGCAUUUCAUUUCUUAUUCAAA